AUGAUUAUUAGGCAAGAACAUUUGCGUUUACUACAUGCAGGAACCCAAACUACUCUCGCUAAUAUAAGACUUAGAUACUGGCCUAUAAAUGGUAGAAGAGAGGUUAAAGAGGUUAUUCAUAGUUGCGUCAUUUGUUAUAAAUUCAGAGUAACAACACAAACGCAAUUGAUGUCCGAUCUACCACUAAGCAGAAUUAAUCCUGUAAGACCUUUUUUAAACGUAGGGACCGACUACGCCGGCCCAAUUAUGCUAAAAUCAACUAGAUUGCGCAAGGCUCCUUUAAUAAAAUCGUACAUUGCGCUUUUUAUUAGUUUUGUUACCAAGGCGAUACAUUUAGAGUUAGUAACAAGCUUAUCCACAGACGCUUUCAUUGCCGCCUUAAGACGUUUCAUAUCGCAACGCGGUCGCUGCGCCACGAUUCAUAGUGAUAAUGGUACAAAUUUUGUAGGAGCAAAGCACCAUUUACACGAACUUUUUAAAUAUUUUAAGAAUGAACAAGAAAGAAACAAAUUAAUUGAAGCCGUAUCAGUGGAGGGCAUCGAAUGGAAAUUCAUUCCAGCUCAUGCUCCACACUUUGGGAAGGGGCUAUAA